AGAGAAUAAACAGACACUCCCACCUCUCAUUUCUGCCUGGCUUCUAACCUGAGAGGUUCUCAUUGCAGUUCUGAUGACAGUAAUGUCACUUUUAGCAGCACGACUUUGCUGAAAGUGUUAACAGCUAUGAGUACAGUGGUGAUUCUGAUACAGAGCAUGGAGAAAGGUCACACAAAGAUACUAUGUGCAGAGAUUAUGAUGCUCAGUAUUCACAGCAUGGGCCAGGGAGCUAUAUUACAUCCCCAAGCCUAUGAUGAAGUGCUUGUAACAUGAAACGCAUAAGGCAGAGGACACAAUCAAUAUUUUUACUUCAUUUCAACUGUUUGAUGGAAGAUUGCCUUUAUUUGAGUGCCUGCUCCAGAUUUAUUUAUGGUUAUCUGCUCCCAAUGCUGAGGGCUCAGGGUGGUGCACUUCCCCCAUGUGGUGAGUAAAUAUUCUUAUGGAGACCCUCCUUCCAAAUCUUAUUACUCUGAUGGUUAUAGUAACUACAGUGAUGGUAACUACAAUGAGGAAAAAAAAGAAGCAGAUUUUGCUGAACAGAUGAAACACUACGAACAAGGAGAACUCAAAUGUGGCUUAACCAGCUUUUAAGAAAAACAAUGUGAAAGGAAUUCAGCAAGGACGUGAACAACAGCAGCCUUUUGGACAAGAACGUGGCAACCAGAAAAAUGUAAAGGCCAUGGAAGAGGUUUACAUAAAGGGCCAAAUCCUUAUUUUCAAGAUGACUCUCAAGGGGCAAGAGAAGAUAAGGACAUACACCGAGGCUUUGUCAUCUGACCUCGAAGUGCCGGUGAAGAAAAGAUGCAUCACGGAGGCCACCAAGGGCCCUGAAAAUACUGCCAGGUCUGAAACAGCUGCAGCUGCCAACACCGGCUUUUACCAACUGCUGGAACAUCAUCAAAUUGGAAAAGGCCUGGCAAUAGACUCCUGCAGGAAACUUACUGAUAAGUACCUUCUGGCUAUGGUGAAAGUUUAUUUCCAGCGUGCCAAGCUCCAGGAAGAAGAGUACACCACCUUGAACUUCUUUGCAGCCCUGUUUCUGGCCAAUGAAAUGGAAGAAGAAACAAUCUUCCAUGACCUGAUUUACCCCUUGGGCCUCGGGGUUGAGUAUCAGGUUAAAUGGCAGGAGCUGAGGAGCAGAAAACUGGAGUUGUGGGUGAGGAUGGGCUUCAAAGCAUGGGUGAGCAGAUCAUCCUGUGAGGAGGCAAUGGAAGAUAACCCGACACACUGGGCAUGGAGGCGUGAAAGGCACCACAACCAUGGUUUAGCCAUCAGGUUCCACGCAAGACAGAGGGACUACUUAUACUUCAGUCUCCCUUAUAUCAGCCCAGCUGUCUGCUCCCAGUGUGCGCCCAAGCCCCCAACUCCAGAGAAAAUCCGGCCAGACAAGGAGCUGCCAUUCAAGAUGAGGAUGAAGAGAAUGUGGAAGAAAGACAACCCAUAAGUUCCACCCUCAUCCUUUUAUUUAGUACAACAUCUAUAUUUUGUCAUUUUAUUAUAGAGUUUAGGUACUUAUUGCCAUUUUAAUAUUAUUAUAGCUUAAUAUAUUUUAGUACAGGUAUGGGAUCCAUAAUCUGGAAACCCGUUAUCCAGAAA